AUGCAAGCCGUCUGGGGCUCAGAGACGCCGGGUAUUGACGAGCACACGGCGCCAAAGCGCCAGCGGCUGUUCAUUGCCCGCCAGGCAUGCGAGAGCUGUCGCCAGAAGAAGACACGAUGUGACGGCGGCAACCCGUGCGGGCUUUGCCGCUCUGCCGGAAUCGAGUGCAGAUUUGCCGAGCGCAAGGCUACGAAAAAUGAGGUUUCUCUUGGCAUGAUCUUCAACACGCUGCAGCGCAUCGAGUCCAAGAUAGAAACUCACCAAGAGCAGAAGCAGCUGCAACAACAGCUCAAGCAAGGCCGCAAUGGAUCGGCAGCCAUGCUUGUCGAGGGCGAGCUGCCCUCGGAGCUAUCCCCUCGGCGGCCGAGCAGCACCGCAGCUACCGAGCUGGCAUCGCCUCAAGCCAGCAGCAGCCUCUACAGCCCCCACUGCCACGAAACACCAUACCGCCACGCAAGUGGAAUAUACGAGCUGCUAUCGGCGACGGGCACGCCCCCCGGACAAGUUUCUGAUAUCAACCACCACGAUGGUAAUAGCAGCAUCUUGUCCCCCUCCUCCCUACCGCCGCCGCCCUUCCGCAGCCGGUCGCCCCGACACGUCCCCGUCAUCCAAUACCCCAUCCGCCAGCUGACGAGCUGGCCAGCCGUGCGCGUGCUGCUCGAGGAAGCUGCAGCCAAGGCCGGUGACGACUUCACAUAUGACGCCGCUGUCGCAACCAUGCUUGAGCAGCGCCGGCCCCCGCUACCGUUGCCAUCGCCGUCGCUGAUGCUGCUGCAGUCGAACUGGCUAGCUCAAAUUCACGUCUCCGUUGUCAAGGACCUCGGCGACAAGUACUUUGCCACAUUCAACCUGGGCAACCCCAUCCUAGACCGCCGCCUGUUCAGUCAGCACAGUCUUGCCGUGGCCUUGCAAACCGAGUUUGGUGUUAACAUAGAGAGCUGUGUGGUGCUGGCGACGAUGGCCCUAGGCGCUCUUGGGCGCAAGGCUCUUGUACAGACAGGCCUCGACACGGUCACAGAAACGGCCGCGGCUGCAGCCAUCACUACUAGCAUAGUCCCACCGCCAGACGCCACGAGACCAUUCGGCGAGGGUGGCUGGGAUGUUUGGGAAGACGGCUUGGUCUUCUUCAACGAGGCCCGCAAACGCAUCGGGCUCCUGGGCUGCGAUAACAGCCUCCAGGCAUGCCAAUACUACCUGUUGACAGGGCUUUUCUACUCGCAGCUUUUGCGGCCCGUCGACUUUUGGGCCUCGUGCAGCCAUCCUGAUGCCAGCGACAGCCUUCCCAAGGACUGCGACGACUGGACUAUGGACAUGCAGGCGCGCCUUUUCUGGACAUCUGCUAUGUUCGAGGCUGUCCUGACCCAGGAGCUUGACCUGCCCGUGUCUAGCCUGCUCACAUACGAGGACCGUGUGCCGCUGCCGCGCUUUGUUGAGUUUCCCGGCGUUGCGUCCGUGGUAUCUUCGCUCGUCGUCGCUGCCCCGCCGCUGUCGGCGGCCACUGCUCGAGAGGCUGAGCAGGAUUCUUUCUGCCACUAUCACUUCCUGUCGCAGAUCGCCCACCGCAUCAUCUUAACACGUCUGUGCGACAGCCUCUUCGCCAACCGCAGCCGCGCUCUGGCCAGCCGUGCCGCCGCGGAUGGCGCAACCACCAUGACGCGCAACGACUACCCACCACAGGCGCUCGAGGAUGAGCUGCUGCACCAGCUUGAGCAAUGGCGCAGUCAGCUGCCGGACAAUUUGAAGUGGCGCACCGAUAGCGUCAACUUGGACGGGAGUGCGGAUAGCUUGGCCCUCACACCAGCAGACGCUUUGGUCGUGCCGUGGUUGCGGGCACGGUACUACAUCGCGCGAUACCAUCUGCGGCGGCCACUGUUACACCGCGCCCUCCACCACCCCAACUGGAUGACUAGGGACGACUUCGACAAGUGCCGCGACGCCAUUGUAUGCGCCGUCGAUUGGCUGACAGUGAUUCAGCCCGCCCUGUUGGCCAUGGAUUGCCUGCAUCUGAAGUUCUUUGUAUGCACACAACUCUUCGGACAGCUCUUGUUGCUGCACGCCCUCGAAUCCUCUUCCGUACCUGAGCUGCCUCAGCUUGUUCCCACCAAUUACGCAACGUGGCGUAUGCUCGCAUUUCGCUUUCUUGAGCAAUGUGCCCCCCACAGCCCAUCCAUCGCACGCGAGUAUGAGAUCGUUUCUGCUGUGCAUGACAUCAAAAACAGGAUCGGCAACGAUUGCAGCGGUAAUGGCAACGGCAACGGUGGUGGCCAUAACAUCGCUUAA